GACAUCCGACUUGGGAGUAAAUAUUUCGAAAUUGGGUACAAAUCUCGUUACUCAUCAAUGUCUGAGACAAACCUUGACUAGGGGACCGACCACCAACAUAGAUCUAGGCCCUUCGAACAGAAUUUCUCAUUAUCAUGUCUGACGACGAGGCAGAUCCGGAGCUUCUGGCUUUAUUAAGACAACAUUUCCAGGGGAAACUAAACCUAGAUGAAGAACCCGAGACAGGUGUCUUGGAAGGCGCCGAAUAUGUUUAUGACAAUUCCAUCGAUGUCGCCCUAAAUAUGAGAGCAACCAAAAACGCCGCGACCUUGAUUUACGAGCAGAUGCAGCAGAAAGAAUUUUCGACGGCGAGCUGGUCCGAGCAUGAAUUACAUCCCAAGGCCAAGGAUGAAUCUACUGUUGCCUUCAUAUUCACCAUGGAUCUUCUGAACUUUUCAUUCUGGUCCCUGCGCCCUGAGGAUGAACGAUUCGCUGUGUCCUACCGAGACAAAACUUGGACCGGGUAUUGGAGUUUGGUUGCUUCAUUGCAGAGGGCCUUGGAAGAAGAUAUUCCCAUCACCGAUCCCCAUUACUGGCAGAACGAAGAGGAAUGCAACCUCGACUCCCUAAGAUACGUCUUCCGAUCAUCUACCGAUGAAGAGAUACCCCUAUUAGAAGCACGACUUGCUUGUCUGAGGGAGGCAGGACAAGUUCUAUACGAAAAAUACAGCUGCAGCUUCACGAACUGCAUAGAAGCUGCCAAAAAGUCCGCUGCGGGGCUAGUCAACCUGCUCGCGCAGGACUUUGAUUGCUUCAGAGACGAGUUCCGGUUUGAAAGCCGACGCAAGCCGAUUCGCUUCCUCAAGCGCGCCCAGAUUUUAGUAGCAGAUAUCUGGGCUUGUUUCAACGGCGAAGGUUAUGGAGAAUUUCGAGAUAUCGAUAAAAUCACCAUGUUCCCCGACUAUCGUGUUCCACAGAUACUAGCUACGUUGGGCUGUAUAGGCUAUAGUCCGCCGCUCCAGGCAAUGGUGAUGAGGGGAGAUGUCCUUGAAAGCGGGACCAGUUAUGAGCUCCAACUCAGAGCUUGUAGUAUUUGGUGCGUAGAACUCAUCAGACGUGAGAUUAAACGGGAACAUCCAGAUACGAAAGUCAACGCCAUCUUAAUUGACUUCUUCCUAUACGACACGAUGAAACAAUUGGAAGCUCAGGGGAAGGAGACUAUACCACAUCAUCGGACGAGGAGCAUUUGGUACUAAUCCAUUUGGAUAGAUGGAUUGCAAUAGUUGUCGAUGAUCGAUUUCACAUACAGCCCAAGCUAAAUGCCAAUUGAUCUUAGCAAAUCUGCAUAGCCAAGCCAAAUCGCUUCAUUCCAUUCCAUCACACCUUAAACGGAACCAAUAGAUGUCGAAUUGAGGAUCUCAUCCAU